AUGGAACCAGGGAAUGAUACUCGAAUUUUAGAUUUUCUUCUUCUGGGACUUUCAGAGGAACCUGGACUACAACCCUUGCUGUUUGGAUUGUUCCUGUCCAUGUACCUGGUCACUGUGCUUGGCAACCUGCUCAUCAUCCUGGCCACGAUAUCAGACUCCCACCUCCACACACCCAUGUACUUCUUCCUCUCCAACCUGUCCUUUGUGGACAUCUGUUUCACCUCCACCACCAUCCCAAAGAUGCUGGUGAACAUCCAGAUACACAGCAAGGUCAUAACCUAUUCAGGCUGCAUCACCCAGAUAUACUUUUUCAUACUCUUUGGAGUUUUGGAUGACAUUUUCCUGACUGUGAUGGCCUAUGACAGGUUUGUGGCCAUCUGUCACCCCCUGCACUACACAGUCAUCAUGAACCCCCGGGUCUGUGGACUACUGGUUAUGCUGUCCUGGAUCAUGAGUGCCCUGAAUUCCUUGUUACAAAGCUUAAUGGUGCUUCUACUGUCUUUUUGUAAAGCCUUCGAAAUCCCCCACUUUUUCUGUGAAAUCAAUCAGGUGGUCCACCUUGCCUGUUCUGACACCUUUCUUAAUGACAUGGUUAUAUAUGCUGCAACUGUGCUGCUUUUUUGCGGACCACUCACUGGGAUUCUUUACUCUUACUCUAAGAUAGUCUCCUCGAUUCAUGGAAUUUCAACAGCUCAGGGGAAGUAUAAAGCAUUUUCCACCUGUGCAUCUCACCUCUCAGUUGUCUCCUUAUUUUAUUGUACAAUCCUAGGAGUGUACCUGAGUUCUGCUGCCACACACAACUCACACUCAAGUGCAACAGCCUCAGUGAUGUACACUGUUGUCACACCCAUGCUCAACCCCUUCAUCUACAGUCUGAGGAAUAAAGACAUAAAGAGGGCUCUGAAAAGCUUCUUCAGAGGAAAGCAAUGA